AUGAACAAUUUAUUUUUCUUUAUGUUUGUUUAUGUGGAUCUGAUUCUUUCUACUGCCCAAGCUAUUGCGAAGCUACCAAACAAUGUAACAAUACCGGGUGUUUUUAUGUUUGGGGACUCGAUAGUUGAUACGGGGAACAAUAACAACCUUACCACUCUUGUCAAAAGCAAUUUCCUUCCAUACGGGAGAGAUUUUAUGGGAGGGUUACCAACUGGAAGAUUUGGCAAUGGCAAGGUUCCCUCAGACCUUAUUGUGGAGGACCUUGGAAUCAAAGAAUUAUUGCCCGCGUAUCUUGAUCCAUGUCUUCAAGCCGAGGACUUGCCGACUGGUGUAAACUUUGCUUCAGGCGGAGCAGGAUUUGAUCCUCUGACAUCUAAGUUAAUGUUAGUUAUACCGCUUUCGGAACAAUUACAACUGCUGAAAGAAUACAUAGAGAAGCUGAAAAAGUACGUUGGAGAAGAGAGAGCAAGCAGCAUUAUAAGCAACAGCCUAUUCGUGGUGGCAGCAGGCAGUGAUGACAUUGUCAAUACCUACUAUCAUACACCUGCACGCUUCUGGAAAUAUGAUAUUUAUGCCUACACUGAUCUUAUGCUCACCGAGGCUUCAGCCUUUGUGCAGAAAUUAUACGCACUGGGGGCACGGAGGAUAGGCGUGAUCAGCGUACCACCGGUUGGAUGCAUACCGGCACAGAGAACUUUAGGAGGAGGUCCAGAAAGAAAGUGUGUAGAGAUAUACAAUGAAGCAGCAGAGUUGUUCAACAAGAAGCUAUCGGCAGAGUUGGAUUGCCUUAACAGUGACCAAUUCCAUGCCACAGUGGCCGUCUUCAUGGAUGUGUACGGCCCUUUCCUAGAUAUCAUCCACAAUCCACAAAAAUAUGGAUUUGAAGUUGUAAACAGAGGGUGCUGUGGUACAGGGAUCAUAGAGGUUGCUGAAUUUUGUAACAAAUGGUCUCCCAACACUUGUAAAAAUGCAACAAGCUAUGUUUUCUGGGACAGUUAUCAUCCCUCUGAGAGAGCAUACAGGAUUAUUACCCAUCAGGUACUCCACAAGUCCAUUCAAGCCUUCUUCCACAGCCAGUGA